AUGACUACAAAAGUGGCAGUUGGGCACUACCAAUCUCUAGAAUAUGCUUCUCCCACAAGCCCAGUGCUGAUCCGGGACGAAAUUCACGGAGACUUCACCAUCAUAGAACCCGUGCUGAUCGAACUCCUCCACUCACCGUGCCUUCGCCGCCUUGUCGGUGUCCUCCAGCACGGCCUCAGCGGUUUUCUCGCCUUCACGCCCCCAAUCACCCGCUUCGAGCACUCCGUGGGCGCGUUUCUGAUCGUGCGGCGCGCCGGUGCAAAGCUCGACGAGCAGAUUGCCGCGCUCCUGCACGAUGUCAGCCACACCGUCCUGAGCCAUGUCAUGGACUGGGCGUCGCUGACAAAGCCCGGAGAGAGCUUCCAUGAGGUCCACAAGGACCGCUACAUCGAGUCGACGCCUCUUCCCGACAUCCUCAGACGGCACGGCUUUGGUGAUCUGAAGCCGCUCCAGGAGGAGCUGUACCCGCUGGUCGAGAUGCCAUCGCCGCACCUCUGCGCAGACCGGCUGGACUACGGCAUCCGCGAUACUAUCGCAUUUGGGUAUAUCAAGCUCGAGGAGGGCAGACGGAUUCUUGCAUCAAUUCAAGCCCACCCCAAUGCAACGUCGCCGGGCCGGUUGCUUGUCGCGUCGGACCAGGAUCUGGCAUUGGCCCUAUGCCGCGGAUAUCUCGCCGCUGAUCGAGACGUGUGGUCAAACCCGGGGCAUGUUGAGAUUACAAGGGCGAUAGGGGACGUGAUUGGGAAGGCUGUUCAUAGUGGCCGCCUCCUGGAGGAGCAGAUGUGGACGUUAUCAGACAAUGAAUUCUGGGAAGCACUGAGAGAGGCGACCGAUGACGCCGGACGCGAGGUGAUGAAUCGUCUCAAGUCAACUACUUCUAUGCCUCAUGAGAACGGUCUUCACAAGGAGGCAAAGGUUCGAACAUUGGAUCCCGAUGUGGUUGAUUCUCCUUCAUCGGCAGCCCAGCAGCCAGUGCCGUUGAGUCAAGUGAGUGAGACAUGGGCCGAAGAGAAGAGGGCAUAUAUUCUUGCAAGGCAGAGUCAACGGGUAGCGUAG